AUGGUUCGCCGAGGAAUGAUGAAAUUCAGUGCCAUCAUCAUUAUACUUGGACUACUGAUGUUUUCACGUAAUUAUCUGCAAAUAUCAAUAAGGCCCUCCAACGUUCACCGUGAAGUCAAUGUUCUCAACAUGAAAGAACCAAAGCUGGACCGUCAGAGUUAUGUAGUGGACAGUGGUCACAUAGAAGUCAAACGCCGAAACCUUCCAAAUCUGGAGAAUAUGAAUUGGCCAAAGAAGGAAUUUCUACUUACCCCAAUGGGUGCGCCAACAAGUCGCCAAAUGCCCCUGGAAGCCAAAUUAAGCCGCGGUCAGAUGCGCACUAUGUGGAAACUCUUCAGUACUUUCAUGAAUGCGAUGGAGGAGCUGGGUUUCAGUGACAGGUGGAUGCUCUAUGGUGGUACCCUGCUCGGCUCAUUUAGACAUCAUGAUAUUACCCCCUGGGAUGAUGACCUUGAUCUUAUUGUUGACGUUGAGGCUAGACCAGGACUAAGGGAAAAGAUACGCAAGUUGAAACCCGACAUCCUCAUCAAGGAGGGCGGACAGAGGGAUAAGAUAUACGCAAAGCUAAUUGAACCGAGUAAUUCUUCUGAGGACGUUUACGGCAGUCGCAAACUGAGUGCCUACAACUGGGGUUGGCCCUACCUGGAUGUUAGCUACUACUCCUCUAACGGGACGCAUAUACAAGAACUCGCAUGGUCCUAUGGUCGGUAUUAUGGCUAUGCAAAAUCAGACAUUUUUCCAUUGAUCCUCAGGCCAUUCUACAAGUACUGGGUUCCUACGCCAAGGAACACAUUUGCUGUCCUGCUGCAGACCUAUCCAGGAAAUGACCUUUGCUCGGCUUCCAGCUAUUCGCACAUCACUGAGCAUGGAACUCCUGGUCGGACAGUGCCGUGCAAAGAACUAGCGGACAGGUAUGCUUUCGUUGAACACACCCCUCUCUACGAAAAUGUCCAGAACCAGAACGAUACUCAGGAUGAGUUAGCUUGGGUUCGAGAGCGGCUGGUUCGGGGUGGCAAGACUAUACACGAAAUCAAUUUGGUUGCACCUUGGCGAGAAUCCAAUGCGGACACAUACAGACUACAUGAAAAGUCUUCUGCAUGA